AUGGAUUCACCAAAUUCUCUUAAUCCUUAUGACAAUAUGAGUUUGGACGAUAUUAUAAUAGCAAAAUGUACUGACGAGAAUGAUGAUCAAUAUUUCAACGGUUUCCUGAAUUUGGGUAACUCAAUAAGGCGAGGAAAGAAGAAAACCCACAUUGAUAGGGGUCUUGUAGAAGGACACCAACAUUUGUUCGAUGACUACUUUUCUGAUCAACUGGUGUAUACAAAAUCUCAAUUUCGAAUAAGAUUUAGAAUGUGUAGACACGUAUUCCUAUGCAUAGUGGAAGCUCUAGGAAAUCAUUUAGAGUAUUUCCAGAGGAGGUUUGAUGCAAUCGGUAGAAAAGGUCUUUUGCCAAUACAAAAGCGCACUGCUGCUAUGCGAAUGUUGGCAUAUGGAGCACUUUUCGAUUACGUUGAUGAGUAUGUUCGAAUUGGUGAAAGCAUAACUGUUCAAUGCCUAGUCAAUUUCGUUCAGGGAGUGAAUGAGAUUUUCAGGAUCAAAUAUUUGAGACGACCUAAUGCCGACGACAUCCAUCGCUUACUUCAUGAGGGGGAGGUGCGUGAUUUUCCUGGUUUGUUGGGAAGCAUUGAUUGUAUGCACUAG